AAUGCGGUUGAGUUUGUGUUACGUGUGACAUGUCCGAAUCCUAACGCGUUAUAGCGGAAACAUCUAACUUGCGUUUCUACUAUACUCAAGUGAAUACAUGGUAUUAUUAAGUCCGGAUUCAACUGUGUGAAACAUCCAAGUCAAGUGUCCUACGCAGCAAUUUGACUCGAACUACAUUUUUUUUUUUGUACGAAAAAGUGCGUGGAGGAAUAACAAAACGCAACACGUAUCCGGUGGGAUUCCGUUCUAGAGUAGAGAAACGCGAGGGCGCAAGGGGAGAGGGGGAUAGUCACAAACAGAAGAGGAAAGGGAGAGAAGGAGAAAGAUUUUGUAUGUUUUGCCGUAUCUACACAUUUUAUUGAAGGAAUAAUGAGGAACAUUUGGAUCAUUUUGACCCUCGGCAUAACAGCCUUUCUCUCGGGGGAAAGGAUAGCGGACGCGGCCAAGUCGUCCUCCGAAGUGGAUGAUCUUUUCAUUGACGACACAGGGUCCGGGGGUUACUACCCUGAGGACGACGACGACUUUACCUCGGGGUCAGGAUCAGGCAUUGCUGAGGAGGUGAUCGAGGAGGCGGUGACCGUGAGCACGCUGUACAUUGCGCCCAAAGCAGAACCCACCCAGGACUCCACCAAAGACUUCACUCCCAGAGUGGAGACAGACACGCCCAGAGAAAACCUGCCUAGGGAAAAGUCCAGGAAGCCAGUCAGAACAGAGCCCCCAGUACCCGUCACCGAGGACGUGCGCAAGAACCAGAUCACCAGCACCCUCAGCUCCCCCCUGGAGCCCAUCGAUGUUCGCUCGGAAAACCUCUUCCAGAGGACGGAGGUGCUGGCAGCUGUCAUUGCGGGUGGAGUUAUUGGCUUCCUCUUCGCCAUCUUCCUCAUCCUCCUCUUGGUUUACCGCAUGAGGAAGAAGGACGAGGGCAGCUACGACCUGGGAGAGAGGAAACCCUCUGGGGCAGCAUAUCAGAAGGCCCCAACCAAGGAGUUUUAUGCAUAAAGCCCCACCCCCUCGUGAGAAGAUUGACAAAUCGGAGUGACAGUUUAUAGCAGUCCAUGACAAUGAGAAAAAACCUGUUCAAAUAUACUGUAACAACAAAAAAAGAAAAAAGUUAAUUGAGGAAAAAUGACAUAAAGGAAAGCUUUUGCAUAGAGUAUUGUAAUUAAGACAUUUUCUUCUUUUUUUUAAUGAAAAGCCAAGCAUUGCUUAUUUUAUGGCAUAUCUCAGUGUAUUUAAAUAUUUUGUGUAUUAUUUGAAAAGGCAAAAAAAUAUAAAAACAUUUUAAAAAUCUGUUAAGGUGAGAAAAAGCUGUUGCAUCUGUCUUCUGUCAAAGGAGCUGUUUUUAGUCGCUGACUACUAUUUAACUGUAGCAGUAUGUAUUUGUAAAGAAAUGUUUUAAAAGUGGAAAUAAUUGAAUAUAAUUAUUCUGUAUCAAUCCUAUAAAAAAAAAAUAUUGUCCUAGCAUGUCUGCCGUUGAUCUUUAAAAGGUGUAUUUCAUUCAUUUAUAUUUUUUUCUCAGAUGU